AUGGCUUCCAAGCGCAAGGCUGCGGCGAUGGGCGCUGCGCCCGAAGAGCCUGUCGACCCGUCCGACGAGCUGAUGUUCCUGUGUCUCGGUGGUGGCAACGAAGUUGGCCGGUCGUGCCAUAUCAUCCAGUACAAGGGCAAGACAGUCAUGCUCGACGCUGGCCAGCACCCUGCCUACGAUGGCCUCGCAUCGCUCCCGUUCUUCGACGACUUUGAUCUCAGCACCGUCGACGUUCUUCUCAUCAGCCAUUUCCACAUCGACCACGCCGCCUCGUUACCUUAUGUGCUCGCAAAGACAAAUUUCCGUGGCCGCGUCUUCAUGACACACCCGACCAAGGCCAUCUACAAGUGGCUUAUCCAGGACAGUGUUCGCGUGGGCAACACAUCGUCGAAUCCGACAACACAGCUGGUCUACACCGAGCAGGACCAUCUCAGCACAUUCCGCCAAAUCGAGGCCAUCGACUACCACACAACACAUACAGUCUCGGGCAUCCGUAUCACGCCAUAUCCGGCUGGCCAUGUUCUCGGCGCCGCCAUGUUCCUCGUCGAGAUUGCGGGCUUGAAGAUCUUCUUCACGGGCGACUACUCGCGCGAGCUGGAUCGGCACUUGGUCUCUGCCGAGGUGCCCAAAGGCGUCAAGAUUGAUGUGCUCAUCACCGAGUCCACGUACGGCAUAGCAUCGCACGUGCCUCGUCUUGAGCGUGAACAGGCGCUGAUGAAGUCCAUCACGGGCAUUCUCAACCGUGGGGGCCGCGUGCUAAUGCCUGUAUUUGCUCUCGGCCGUGCGCAGGAGCUGCUACUCAUUCUCGACGAGUACUGGAGCAAGCAUCCUGAUUUCCAAAAUUUCCCCAUCUACUAUGCGAGCAACCUCGCCAAGAAGUGCAUGGUCGUGUACCAGACGUACACGGGCGCCAUGAACGACAACAUCAAGCGUCUGUAUGCUGAGCGUGCACGGGAGGCCGAGGCCUCGGGAAAUACGGCGGGUGGCGGUGGCCCGUGGGAUUUCCGCUUCAUUCGGUCGCUCAAGAGCCUUGACCGCUUUGAGGACAUUGGCGGCUGUGUCAUGCUGGCAAGCCCUGGUAUGCUGCAGAACGGUGUCAGUCGCGAGCUGCUCGAGCGGUGGGCACCCAGCGACAAGAACGGCGUGAUCAUCACGGGCUACAGUGUUGAAGGCACCAUGGCGAAACAAAUCAUGCAGGAGCCCGAGCACAUCCAGGCCGUUAUGUCACGCAACCUGACGGGCGCCAACCGCCGGGCGCCGGGCGCAGACUCGGAAAAGGUGUUGAUUCCGCGGCGGUGCAGUGUUCAGGAGUACUCUUUUGCUGCGCAUGUCGACGGCACAGAAAACCGCGAGUUCAUCGAGGAGGUGAACGCUCCGGUGGUGAUUCUUGUCCAUGGCGAACAGCACAACAUGAUGCGCCUCAAGUCCAAGUUGCUGUCCCUCAACUCGGGCAAGGCAGAGAAGGAUAAGAUGAAGGUGUUCAGCCCGCGCAACUGCGAGGAGCUGCGCAUCCCGUUCAAGACGGACAAGAUUGCCAAGGUCGUCGGCAAGCUGGCGACGGUGACCCCGCCGACGCAAAUCAGCCCAGCUCAACAACAGGAUGCAGAGCAAGACCGGUCAUCGGGACCCAUUAUCACAGGCGUGCUCGUCCAGAACGACUUUAAAUUGUCGUUCAUGGCGCCGGAAGACUUGCAGGAGUAUGCAGGCUUGACGACAACGACCAUUGUCUGCCGACAGCGCCUCACGUUGAGUGCGGCCGGUAUUGACCUCAUCCGCUGGGCGCUCGAGGGCACGUUUGGCGCCAUCGAGGAGCUGCCCGAGAUGCACAAGCAGAAGGGCGUCAAGCAGCUGCAGCAGAAUGGCAAAGCUACGAAGAAGAUUGUCAGCAAUGGUGCCGCAGAUUCGGAAUCGGACACGGUCCAGAAGUCCAACGGCGAUGGAGAGGAUGAGGACAUGGAGGACGACAAGUUGUACGACGACGAGGAAGACGACGAGGAUGGGGAUGACGAGGAGGCGGCUGAUGAGGAAAUCAACAAGCUGGUCGCCGCGUACCUCGUAAUGGGAUGCGUGUCUGUGCGGUAUUAUGCAAACGGCGAGAUCGAGCUAGAAUGGGAGGGCAAUCUGCUCAAUGACGGCAUCGCCGAUGCUGUCAUGGCUGUCCUCUUUUCCGUUGAAAGCAGCCCGGCUGCCGUGAAGCAAUCCGGCAAGAAUGGGCAUUCUCACAGCCACGAUCACGACGCACAUGAUCAUGAACAUCAUGUGCUCCCUAUGCGCAACCUGCACGCUCAUAUUACGCCUGAGGAGCAGUUCAGCCGCCUUUGCAUGUUCUUGGAGGCCCAAUUUGGUGCCGACAACGUAUCGCCCAUCGCCGAGCCACGAGUGCGAGAAGACGAGGAUGGAGGGGCCGUCAAGGAGAUCAGCAAUGGUGAAGAGAAAGCCACCGACGGCGGUGAAGAUGCCAAUGCUGCAGAUGAACGGCGCCAGGAACGCGUUCGUCGCGAGCUGGAGCGGCUACACGCCGCCGGCAUCCCGGUCCCGGGCGUCUUGGUCAAGGUCGACAAGAUGGAGGCCAAGGUCUGGCUUGAUGAUCUGGAAAUUGACUGCGCCCAGCGAGUAUUUGCCGAGCGCGUGCGCGCUGUUGUCGAGCGUGCCGUGGAGGUGACAGCACCGCUGUGGCGGUAG